ACCAACCAUCAGACUGGAUUGAUUCACUUCUGCUCACUCGGGCGACAAGGAUUGGAGGCCAUAGGUGGGAACCAGAGAGCAAAAAGUUCACUUCACACCACAGUGUGCCAAGAGAAGGGGAACACAAAUACUCUGGAGCUCUUACUGUGUGCUGACAGUCAACCAUGGGUGACUGGAGCUUUUUGGGCAACAUCCUCGAGGAAGUAAACGAGCAUUCGACGGUAAUCGGUAGGGUGUGGCUCACGGUCCUCUUCAUCUUCCGAAUCCUCAUCCUGGGCACGGCCGCGGAGUUCGUGUGGGGCGACGAGCAAUCGGAUUACGUGUGCAACACGCAGCAGCCGGGUUGCGAGAACGUUUGCUACGACGAGGCCUUCCCCAUCUCGCACAUUCGUCUGUGGGUGCUCCAGAUCAUCUUCGUUUCCACGCCUUCCUUGGUGUACGUGGGCCAUGCUGUCCACCAUGUACACAUGGAGGAGAAGCGAAAGGAACGGGAGGAGGCUGAGCUCAACAGGCAGCAAGAGAUAAAUGAGGAGAGGCUGCCGAUCGCGCCCGAUCAAGGAAGCGUCCGUACGGCCAAGGAGACGAGCACGAAGGGCAGCAAGAAGUUCCGUCUGGAGGGCACUCUCUUGAGGACCUAUAUCUGCCACAUUAUCUUCAAGACUCUCUUUGAGGUAGGCUUUGUGGUGGGCCAGUAUUUCUUGUACGGCUUCCGAAUCCUGCCGCUCUACAAGUGCAGCCGCUGGCCGUGCCCAAACACAGUCGACUGCUUUGUCUCGAGGCCUACGGAGAAAACCGUGUUCAUUAUCUUUAUGUUAGCCGUGGCCUGCGUCUCGCUUUUCCUCAACUUUGUGGAAAUCAGCCAUUUGGGCCUGAAAAAGAUCCACUUUGUGUUCCGUAAACCAGUGCGGCCGCAAGUUGAGGGUCCAGGGGCGGCCGAGAAGGCCUUGCCUUCCAUAGCUUCCUCCUCGAUCCAGAAAGCCAAAGGCUACAAGUUGCUGGAGGAGGACAGAGCCACGUCGCACUUCUUCCCCUUGACUGAGGUAGGGGGAAUGGAGGCUGGCCGGCUUCCGGCUCCAUACAAGCCAUUUGAGGAGAAAACGGACGAGUCGACCGCACCUAAGAAAGACGUGUCUAAGGUGUAUGACGAAACGCUUCCUUCCUACGCCCAGACAACUGUGAUAGGACCAAGCGCGGCAGCUGGAGUUGUACGCAGGGAUGAAUACGAGGACGAGUUGGCCGUUGAAGCAGAUGUGGAAGCCAGCGAGACGAUAGAAGACACGCGGCCGCUCAGCAGCCUGAGCAAGGCCAGCAGUCGGGCAAGGUCAGAUGACUUGACGGUAUAAAUAAUAUAGAAAUGGAUUCGAAGUGCCGCAUUACCAACUGUAGAAUUGGAAAAAGCAUAGCAAGUAAAAACGAGAGCCUCUCUGCAACUGCGGCGAGGCUUAUAAUACCAGCUCUUUAUUUCGAAGAAGAACACGAUUAAAAAAAAUAAUGCUGUGCAAUUUUCAUUCGGAAACCUGAGAGCUUGAUCAUUAUUAUUUUUUAAAUACGGCAGUAUUUUUUGUACUGUUUUUAUCAAACAGUUAACAAACCAAAGUUAGACAUCUGCAGCAGCUAGAUCUGCGUAGGGGAGGAGUUGGGAUUUAGCUAAAUAUGUGCUGUCUUUUCUAUCCAGAAUUUUACUCGAAAGUAAGGUUCUGAUGUUUACAUUUUCGGACUAGCCAUUAGCUGAAUGUUGUAUGUGAUAUUUUGUUAUUAUUCUGAUAAGAAAACUAUCAGGGCAUCAUCCUUUUCACCUCAAUAAGUUCAACCAUACAUGACGAUAAAUACUCGAUCAAGCUUAUUGAUCUGUAUGUGAAUAGUACUGUAAUGGAUAUGUCUGAGGUGAAACACAUGCUGAUAGUUGCACACGUCGUUCAUAGUAGCAAAAUAUAAAGUUUCUAUUAAAAGAUAUACGUUUAACAUAACACCUUAUUUCUUGACUUACAUUAAGAGUCUCUGGAUUUCAUAAACUGUAGGGUAGAGCGUAUCGAUAGCGUAUCGAUCGUAUCGAUAUCUGUUAUUAAUUACAUUAGCCAUAGAAAAGAUUCUUUCUAGUGUCUCUGCACAUACAGCCAUGAUGAUGAUGAUGAUAGAAGAUCACGCCCAAUCAGCACAAAGCAUUGUUCAGCAAGAGACAAUAAAACAACAUUGCAUGACAUGUCACCGCAGUCUGACAUCCUUCACGUUUUUGGAAACAACAUAUUUGAUGAUAUUUCAAAAUUCGAAAUGUUUUAAAGGGUUUCACCCGCUUACUGACUUUUCAUUUUUUUAGCAGAGACAUGUGUUAUAUGUUAAACCAUGCCUUAAAAUUAAGUAUUACAUUUGGAGAGAGCAAAAAUAAUAAUAAUAUUAGCUUAGGUUUUUGAUUUGUUUAUUUGAUUAUAUUAAUGAAUUAUUACAUCUGACCAAUUAAAUUGUCCCUUUGUUUGAGACAUUCCCACAGUUCUACCAAAGUCAUAGCAUCGAAUUUACUGAAAUGUAUAAAUUCAUGUCAAAUGAGCGUUUAUGAAAGCAGGUAUGUCAACAUAAUAUUUUUCUUUUUUUCCUCUCUACUCAGCCAGUGGUUUCAUAUUAGUUAAGACUGAAUGUAAAAUUGUUUUAUUUCAUGUUGCUGCCAUGAAGUAAACCUUUCCAGAACCUACAAAAUUGAAUGAAACUAAAAUCGAAAGGCCAAUAUUCUGUACUAUAUGUUGUAUGUGGAUGAUAUUAUUUAAUGACAAAAGCACACAUGAUGCUUGGGCAGACUGCAUGAGGUGAAAUUUUAGACCCAUACUAAAUAACACAAUUAUCAUCAAAUAGGUCAAAUAAAUAAAAUUGCAGAAGUAAAAAAAAGAAAGAAAUCCAUAAACAUAAAAGGAGGAAUAGUGAUAAUUUCAUCUCUUUAGCUACUGUACUAAUGUAUUUUAAAAAGCCUCGAAGUAGAUUUUUUUUUCAAGCAGUUAUUAAAGGGUUUAUCUUCUCUGAUUGUGACUGUGAUAAACAUUUCUUCACUGUGUCUUUUCUCAGAACUGGUUAGCAGAAACAUCAGUAAAACACAGAGGGCUGUUACUGAUAAGAUAAGAGCAUGAGAUUGCUUCUUAGAGAAGCUUGUGUUUCAUGAGCUGUGAAAUGCAAAAGAUACAGCCACUGUGACACAUUUUACCACAGGGUCUGCAGCAGAGGACUCAUUCUACAGUCUGCUGUGGUCACAGACGAAUCAUAAAAGCACACAUCAGAUCCUGAGUUGAUGAGCAUAAAUCUGAUCAUUGGUUCUUAACUGUGAGUUUCAAUGGCGAAUUGUAUUGAGACGUCACUUUGUUUAAUGCCUUCUGCCUUUUUUCCCCCACAUCAUUUAUGAUUUCUUUAACAACAACAAGAAGAAAAAAACACUUGUUUUUGACUAACUUGUAGUCCUUUAUCGCACCUAUACAGAAAUGACUGUCAGUUGAAACCUGUGGAUAUAGCCAAUAAAAGUUCAUGUGUGGUCAACAAGUCUGUCUGACAGUAU